AUGGCCGAGCUGACUUCUACCAAGCUCAACCCAGAGAGCCACAUCAUCUUAGACCAACCGCUUCUCCGACUCCCCCACGAGCUCGCCCGCCGAAACUUUAAGUCUGUACAAAGAGCUGUAGAGCGCGAGAAAGAAUAUGUCAUUCCAACGCUCAGGGACACCGCCAAUGCCUCGCUUUCCAACACACAAACCCCCGACCAGACGCUCGCCUCUCUCGAUGCCAUGAUUUCCAGAAUGCAAGGCCUGAAGCGCAAGAUGGAGGCAUUCGAGGAGGAAGAGAAGAAGAUCCACAACCAAACCCGCAAACGUAUCCAACACCUUGAAGCGCUGCAUAGGAUUCUGAACCUGGCCGACGUCAAAUAUGACCAAUGGUCGCGGGUCCGGUUAGACCGCUUGCUGGUGGACCAUAUGCUACGCUCAGGCUACUCGGACAGUGCCCAAAAGCUUGCGAAGGAAAGAGGCAUCGAGGAUUUGGUGGAUCUUGGUGUGUUCACUCAGUGUCAACGAGUGGUCCAGAGCUUGCACAAGCGAGAAACCAAAGAAGCCCUGCAGUGGUGCAGCGAGAACAAGGCCGCAUUGAAGAAGACCCAGCACAAUCUCGAAUUCGAGCUGCGCCUGCAGCAAUACAUCGAAAUGGUCCGGACCCAGGACAAGUCCAAGAAGGUUGAAGCCAUAGUCCACGCUAAGAAGUAUCUGGUAUCGAAUCAGCAAUCCCAGAACACAGAGAUUAUGCGCGCAGCCGGACUGCUUGUGUUCACACAAGACACGAGAGCAGAGCCUUAUAAGACCCUAUUCUCGUUGGAUCGCUGGGCUUAUCUGUCGAAUCUUUUUGUACGGACUCACCAUGAGCUGCUUUCGUUGCCUUCACAGCCAUUGCUACACAUUGCGCUUUCUGCGGGACUGUCGGCCCUCAAGACGCCGUUGUGCCACUCUGCAUAUGCAUCGUCCAGUUCCACCGCGCAAUCGACCUCAGUGUCUGUGUGCCCCAUCUGCUCCACCGAACUCAACGAUUUAGCCCGAAAAAUGCCAUAUGCCCAUCACUCCAAGAGCUACGUGGAGAGUGACCCAAUCGUCCUUCCAAACGGGCGAGUCUACGGAAAGCAACGCUUGAUCGAAAUGAGCACAAAGAUCGGUUCAAUUGAAGCAGGCAAGGUCAAAGAUCCAACAACAGGCGAGAUCUUUGACGAAUCCGAGAUGAAGAAGGUCUAUAUUAUGUAA